CACACAGAAUAUCGCCUCCGUUUCUGUUUCUGUUUCUGCUGGAGGCCCGAGUGUGCUCCCUCACUCGCUCCUAUAAAUACCAAGAAAGGGAGAGAAAAAGGGAAGCGCCGGAACAGAGAGAAGAAACGAAGAAACGGGAAAGAGAGGGAGAGAACGAGAAGAGAAGAAUAGCCAUGGCUACAUGUGGUCUAGGAAGUACAUCAAAUGUCAAACUGCUCAGUUUUUACCCAGACUUCAAAAAGCUGAGGAGCACUGCACUGUUGACUCCUCAUAAUCUGAAAUGCGGCGGAUUAGAGACACUGAAUGGGUCUAAAGGAACUCAGAUAUGGAAAGAACCAGUGCAUGCUGCAGGAUUUGAUAAGCAGGCUCAGAGAUUCUCAAACUCAUUGGUUGCAAGAUGCUGCAUAUCACCAGGAACAGAGAACGAUUCAAAAGUUAUUGAGUUGGAAGAAAAUAAAUCUAAUGGGGACCAAAUUAUCCCAGUUUCACUUGAAGUGGAGCCAUUGCUCACAGCUGUUUGUGAUACAACUUCUAUCGCAGAGUUUAAACUGGAUUUUGCAGGCUUUCGCCUCUAUGUCAAAAGGGACUUGGUUGAGAAAAAUGUACCCCCACCUAUUCCAACUCUUCCUCCAACCCAAACCAAUACUACAAACCAAACUACUGAUUCAAAUGGGUCUGCUGCUACAGCUUCGCUAGCCAUCUCCAAACCAAAACCUUCUACAGGUGGUAUCCAGAGAACAGCUUCAGAUGAAGGUUUAAUGAUGCUUCCAUCACCAAAGGUUGGUUUCUUUAGGAGAUCCCGAACCAUUAAAGGAAAGCAAGCACCUCCAUCAUGUAAAGAGGGGCAAGACGUCAGGGAAGACCAGGUUCUUUGUUACAUUGAACAACUUGGUGGAGAGGUUCCCGUGGAGUCUGAUGUUUCUGGGGAGGUAAUCAAGAUACUGAGAGAAGAUGGCGAACCAGUAGGAUAUGGUGAUGCUAUUAUAGCAAUCCUCCCUUCCUUUCCUGGGAUAAAAAAGCUUCAGCAGGCAGGUUCUUUCCCAUAGUUUACAUAAGGUUAUCGACGGAACUAAGGUCUCACCGGGUGUUUUGGUAGCCAACUUAUACAUACAGAAUUGAGCUUUUGGCUGGUUACAACGGGCUUGCGCUGCUAUUUGAGGUGCUUUCUGAAAUGAUGAAGUCUCAAAUAUUUGUAUGGACCAUAGAUGCCAGAAACUUUUCCAUGGUGCUGCACCUACUUCAUAUUCUUGCUCUUUUUUCACCCAGAUUUAUAUGUUUCGAAUUUUCGGGAACCUCUGAUUGCAGGGAUAAAGUUCAGUUUGUGCUCAAUGAUACUAUUAUCAUACGUAGUUUUAUCAUUUGAAAAUCGCAUAUAAACUUUUGCUUAAAAUACCACCAGCAAGCAUGUGGUGUUACAGUAUGGCUGCUGAUGGGUGAGACGGAGGUGUAGGCUUCGUCAUUCGAGAUCAUGAUUCCAAGCUAGUGGCGUUGGGGGACAGCAGAUUUUCGAUUCGUCGAUGGUGUGUGCUGAGCUCCGAACCGCCUGGGAAGGCAUAUCUUAUGCGAGACGGACACUUGGUGCAGACCAGAUUAUUCUUGAGGGCGACUCGGCCACGGUGAUUGACUGGAUCAGGGGUCGGGGUCGUGCAGGUGAGGGUAGGCCGCUGCUUCUGGACAUUCGUAGAUUCUUGCAGGCAUGUGACACCCAUCAGGCUACAUACGUCUACAGGAAAGCGAAUUGUGCAGCUGAUUGGGUCGCUUCCUAUGCGGCUCACCAUUCUAAAGUCCUUGUUCGGAGGGAGCACGACACAGUGCCGGAGUUUCUUUCUGAUUUGUUAUUUUCAGAUUUUGCUGGUCGUAUCCACACCCGUAGGGUGUGAGCUGCCGUUGUACCUACGGGUGUGUGUGAGCUGCCAUUGUACCAAAAAAAAAAAAAAGGAAAAGCAUGUGGCGUUAGGUAGAUGAGCAUGUUUUCCAGUA